CGUGUGAUUGGUGGUGUGAUCAUGUUGGUAUGGUACUGGAAAUAAUACCAACAGAGUUUGUUUAUGUCGUAUUAGAAAUUAACUUAAUCUAUUUUUUUGAAAUUAAAUAAUUUCAAAAUGGAGGGCGAAAUGCCCACUGAUGUUGAUGAAAUGCUCAAUUUCAUGUAUGCUGAAAAUGGGCAUGUAGGUAAUCUUUUUGAUUCAGAUGUUCUGUUGGAGCCCAUAGACUUGAAUAGCAGCGCUAAAAUUAGUGACAUAGACCAAGACCUGGUUCUGGAUUUAUUUCAAGAUAUGGAAACUGCUGGUAUGCAGGAUGAUAGCAAACUUUAUGAUUCACCUCAACACACUCUGCAUCUGGAUUCUUCUAAUUUAAAUAACCUGUCUAUUCUUAAUCAGCAAACUAUUCCUACUCUCAAAACACAGCCUCUGGAAAAUAUUCAAUUAAAGUUUGAACCCCAACUGAUACAAACACAAACUGAAGCUGUCUCGUUGCCAACUUCUAUAAAUCUCAUGCAGUAUACAAUUACUCCCAAUCCACAGCCAACUAUUGCACCACAGCCUGUUCGAAAGUUGGUUGUUCAACCAUCUAAUCAAAAGAAAAGAUUAUUACCAUCAAAUGAUGCUUCUCUGACUAAUGAUAUUAUUAAAUUAUUAAAAGAAAGAGAAAAUGAUAAUAAUCAACUACUUUUGCAACAGCUGAGUCAGAUGCCACAACAAAAAGUGCAACAGCUUUUAUUACAAGCACAGCUUUUAAAAGGUGCUAAUGAAAACAAGAUUGUCACAUAUACAACAACCCAACCCAUUGUUACCGCUACAUUAUCUCCCAGUAGUCAGUGUAUAGCAUCUGUGCCUUCGACUCCCAUACAGACUGUUGUUGCAGCUCAGAAUGGUACUAUUCUGACCACUGGUAUUCCUGUCAUUCUUGAUGCAGACAAGCUCCCCAUAAAUAGGCAUGUGAUAUCUUCAAAACCACCUAUAAUUAAAGGGGAAAAGAAAAAUGCUCAUAAUGCCAUUGAACGGCGUUACAGAAGCAGCAUUAACGACAAAAUAAUUGAAUUAAAAAACAUUAUAGUUGGUACCGAGGCAAAGUUAAAUAAAUCUGCUGUUUUACGCAAAGCCAUUGAUUACAUUAGAUUUCUUCAAAAUGCAAAUGCAAAACUAAAACAAGAAAAUUUAGCUCUAAAAAUGGCUUCACAAAAACACCGUAUUGAAGAUCUUUUAGACAAAAAACCAUGCAUUCCCCCUAGCAUUGCUGAUUACACUCCCCCAACAUCAGAUAUAAGCUCACCUGAGCGAAGUCCUUCAAAUAGUGUUGGUGAUACAUAUUAUUCAGAUCAAGACUCUCCUCAGUUCAGUGGUUCUUGCGAUACCCAGAAUCUUGGACCUUACAGUAUCACUUUGGAUAAAGAGGACAGCAAUGAUAGUUUCUCAAGUAGAGGCAUGCUGGAUCAUAGUCGAGUUUUGUUAUGUGUUUUUAUGUGUGCUUUCAUGGUUUUCAAUCCGGUCUCUUUUGUGAUGAAAGCAGGGUUACAGAAUGUUGGUAGAACUGAUUCAGAGGCAUAUACAGGACGAACAAUUUUGGCUGAUGAAGUAGGAUCUGAAGGAAAAUGGACUAAAUACUUAUUAUCGAGUGCUGUUACUUGGAUUUUGAAUUUGAUUUUUAUUGCAAUGUGUCUACUGAAACUAUUUGUUUAUGGAGAUCCUGUAUUGAAAAAAGAUUCUGGUAACUAUACCAUGUUUUGGAGACACAGAAAACAAGCUGAUUUAUCUUUUCAAGAAGAGGACUAUCCAAGUUCAGUUUCACACUUAAAACUUUGUCUGACAGCUUUGGGAAGGCCUUUCCCUUGCAGUUCAAUUGAAUUAGUAAUUGGUGUUGUAUGGCAAUUUAUAAGGCAAAUUAGUCAUUUUACUGGUAUUCAAAAGGCAAUAAAUGCUGUCUUAGUUCCAAAAGGCCAUUCAUUAUUGAUGGAAAGUUCAAGAGAUGCUGCUUUGGUGUAUCAAAAGUUACAGCAGUUGCACUUAUUAGGUCAUAUGUCUGAAAGCAAGCUUGAACGAGUAUAUCUGUCUCUGAAUGCCCUCAAUUUAGGAGAGGAAGCCAAGUCUCUCAUACCCAUUGAAGAAAUGGCUGAACUUUAUCUUAUUUCUGCAAUGAGUUUUAUCAGCUGUUUUCCUCGUAAACUCUAUUUUGUCACAUGGUAUCUACUCAAGAAAGCUCGAAAAGUGUACAUAUCUAAUAAUGCCAUGAUACCACCUACUUUAAGAUGGCUUUUUGAUCCAAUGGGACAGACUUUCUUCAGGAAUGGCAAUUGGGAUUAUUCAAGGGAAGGAACUGUUUUCAGUUCUGUUCCAAACUCAAUGAAUCCUCUUUGUUUUGCUUCUCGAGGAUUCCGUGAAUUCUUAUUGGAGAAGAUAGCAUUGUCUAUCAUAUCACCAAGCAUGGAAUUGGAUGAAAACAUAGAAUAUAAAAGGAGUUAUUCUACUGGUUUAGUAAUAUCAAACUGCAUCCAGCUAUUGAAAGACUCAUGCUAUGUGACUGAAAGCAGUCAUUUUUCAUCUGCGCUUUUGAGUUCUAAACCUGUCAGCUUAAGGCAAGAAGACAGAGUCACUUAUUGGUGGGCUUCUGUGAUGGCUGUUGCCCUGGCAUGGUUGCUGGGAGAGGAAGAAAAAGCAGAAAAAUUAUACCAGGAUGUUGAAGAUUUUCCUAAGGAGCUUAUGAAUUUAAAUCAUCCUCUUCCAUCCGCUGUUUUACAUUCUUUCCGAGCAAGGAAAUGCUGCUUUAAUCCUACAGCAAUGCCAGGCCCAACUCUUCGACUUUGUGAUAAAGCUGGUGCCCUUGUGAAGGACAGUUUAAACUAUUCUUUGUAUCAGAUGCCCCCUCCUUUGGUACAGGCUUUUCAAGUUCUAAGCAUUGAUUGGUGUCUGAGUACACGGAAGCAUGUCUUUGAAAAUAACAAAAUGGACUCAAACUCUUCUGAAGUAUAUGGUGUAUCAGAAGGCUAUCGUGAGGAUUUAAGAUGCCUGCGACGACUCUUACAUCAUAUACCAGAAAUACACUCUAAGGUAAACCUCUACGAAAUUACUCUCCGAUUAAUGGCUGGAGCAAAUCCAGUCAAAACUCAACAGAUGCUAGACAGAAGUCUUAGAAGAAGAAAUAGGUUUGCUUCUGUGAUUUGCACUAAAGGAAGCAAUGGAGAAGGUGGUCAUCCAAGUGAGAGGGAUCAAGCUGAAGCCCUCAUGCUUGCUUGCAAUCAUCUUCCUGAAAGUAUCAUUUGCCAUCCUCGUGAGAAAGAAUGCAUGCUUGCUGAAGCAGCAAGCAUCUUACAAAGGUUGAGUGAUAAGACAAAGUUGGAAAAGUGCCACAAGAUGAUGGUUGCAGCUGGCAGUGUUUUCAUUGGCCAGUCUGGUGCAUAAAUUUUAUUAACAUUUCAUUGUUGUUAACCAUUAACAGACUACCUGUAAUUUUAAAUUGAACUUAGUCAUUUGGAUGAGUAUGAAUGGUUACAAUAUUGUAUAGACUUAUUCAACUUGAUCUUUGAACUCUUCUUACUCAAAAUUGGUAAAUAAUUGAUAUUUUACCAUAUUUGCUGCUUUUAUAGAUUAAUGUAGAUGAUUAUGCUAAUAAAUUUUAUUUUUUCUAAACCAACUUGCUUAUGUAAAUUUCCAGUUUAUUAAUGCAUAUAGUAUUUUGAUGCACAUGUAUACCAUUAUCAAUGAAGGGCUAAAAAAUAAGUGAACCAUAGAAAAUUGAAUUUCUGCUAAAUGAAAUUCUCAAAAUGAUUUUGCUUUUCGUUUGCAAUGUUUAUAUAUUCAUAAUAUCAUGCAGUCCAAAUUAAUAGCAAAAGCUAUUUGUUGACAUGAUAUUUCAGCAUGGCUCUGAAAUUUUAAAUGGUGCAUACUCUGACAUUUUAGAUUGACAUAUAUAUUCUUUCUUAGUUGUUUCAUGAGAAAUUUUAUAAACUUUUUGUUUAAAAUAGUUACAAAAUUUUACAAAAAUGUUUAUUUAAAAAUUAUUUUUGUAGUAUCUCGUAAAAAAAACAACAAUAGAUAUUGUUUGAUGGUACUUAGCUAAAAAGUACAUUAGCUAACAUUGUUAUUAUUAUUACGUUUGAUUAACUAUAUAAUUUGUUAUAAGAUACAUUACAUUUAUUUAUUAUUUACAUUUAUUUUUUUCGAUUCACUGUCGGUGUUCAACUGGUUAAUAUAUUGUACAUUAGUGUAUUAUAGUUUUAUUGAAAUUAUUGAUUUAUAAUUUGAUCUGUUGAUGGUUAAUGUGAAAUUUAAGAUUUAUUUCAUCUUUUUUCACUUUAUCAUAUUUCACUUACAUUUGCUUCUUUGUAUAUUAGACUGAGCUCAUGCGUGUCAACAUUUAACAAAGGGAUUGAAUAGUUUUCUUUUUUUAAAAAUCUAUUCACAAUUUGUAGUAGAAGUCUUCCAAAGAUUUUCAUAUAGAGUUUAUUAUACAUUUUUUUUUCUUUAAAAAUAUUUAUUGAUCAUUAUAAGUUUUCCAUUCAAAUAUGCAUAUGUAUUUAAUUUUUACUUGUUGUUAUUUUUAAAUGCUUUAGUGCUUUGUAUAAAAAAAAAUUUUCUAUUGCAUUAUAAAUGAAAUAUUUUUAAAUUGCACUGAAAAAUAAACAUUUUUUACUAUUAAGUCUGACUAAUGUCAUUGAUUAUGUUACUGUACCAUAUUGCUGGCAGUUUAUAUAGUAACAACACAAGUUAGUCUGUUUGAUUGCUCCAGAAAUAUCACUAAGUCCUGUUCACUUAUUUUAAUGCAACAAAGUAACUAUUGUAUCCAUGAGAAAACUUUCACAGUUGAAGUCUUAAUAGAAAUUUCAGAGUUGUGUAAGAUUUAUUUAAUCACAUUUCCAGAGGAGAGUCAUUUUAUACUUGUUCCAUUUUUUAAGUAAAAGAUUUAUAUGCUUUCAA